UCUCAAAACACACAUAUUACACAAUUCUCUUCGACCUCAGUGAAAUGGCAAUGUCGCCGGAGAACGAACAUCCAGUGAAGGCUUUUGGAUGGGCAGCCAGAGACUUUUCAGGACAUCUCUCGCCCUUCAAGUUCUCGAGAAGGAUCACCGGAGAAAAGGAUGUAACUUUUAAAGUAUUGUAUUGUGGUAUAUGCCAUUCCGAUCUCCAUAAUAUCAAGAACGAAUGGGGAAUAACUUCUUAUCCCGUUGUGCCCGGGCACGAGAUUGUAGGAGUGGUCACCGAAGUGGGCACUAAAGUGACAAAAUUCAAAGUCGGGGACAAAGUGGGUGUUGGGUGUAUGGUUGGAUCAUGUCAUUCAUGUGCAAAUUGCAAAGACCAUCUUGAAAAUUACUGCCCGGAGAUGAUGUUGACAUAUGGUGCAAAGUACUACGAUGGAACCACCACCUAUGGUGGCUACUCGGACAUCAUGGUAUCGGAUGAGCAUUUCGUGAUUAAAAUCCCGGACAACGUGCCUCUCGAUGGUGGUGCUCCUCUCCUUUGUGCUGGGAUCACUGUUUACAGUCCGUUGAAGUACUAUGAGCUUGACAAGGUUGGGACGCAUUUAGGGGUGGUUGGGCUUGGUGGGCUCGGGCACAUGGCUGUGAAGUUUGCUAAGGCCAUGGGCCUCAAAGUUACCGUCAUUAGUACGUCACCAAACAAAAAGAAGGAAGCCAUGGACCAUUUGGGAGCCGAUGCAUUCUUGGUUAGCCGUAAUACAGAAGAGAUGGAACAUGCGAUGGGCACAAUGGAUGGUAUUAUUGACACGGUUUCAGCUGUGCAUGCUCUUUUGCCUUUGAUUGGUCUCUUGAAGACUAAUGGAAAGCUCGUCAUGGUUGGCGCACCAGAGAAGCCGCUUGAGCUACUUGCUUUCCCACUCCUCAUGGGUAGAAAGAUGGUGGGAGGAAGUUGCAUUGGAGGGAUAAAGGAGACACAAGAGAUGAUUGAUUUUGCAGCCAAGCACAACAUAGUCGCGGAUAUUGAACUUAUUUCUAUGGAUUAUGUGAACACCGCCAUGGAGCGUCUACUAAAAGCAGAUGUUAAGUAUCGAUUCGUCAUUGACAUUGCCAAUUCAUUGAAGCCUUAUUUGAAGCCGUUCAAGCUUAGUGAUAUGGCAAUGUCACCAGAGAAUGAACAUCCAGUGCGGGCUUUUGGAUGGGCAGCCACAGACUCUUCAGGACACCUUUCUCCCUUCAAGUUCUCGAGAAGGGCCACCGGGGAAAAGGAUGUAUCUUUUAAGGUGUUGUAUUGUGGUAUAUGCCAUUCCGAUCUCCACAAUGUCAAGAAUGAAUGGGGAAUAACUUCUUAUCCCGUAGUACCCGGGCAUGAGAUUGUAGGAGUGGUCACCGAAGUGGGCACUAAAGUGACAAAAUUCAAAGUCGGGGACAAAGUGGGUGUUGGGUGUAUGGUUGGAUCAUGUCAUUCAUGUGCAAAUUGCAAAGACCAUCUUGAAAAUUACUGUCCCGAGAUGACCUUGACCUAUGGUGCAAAGUACUACGAUGGAACCACCACCUAUGGUGGCUACUCGGACAUCAUGGUAUCGGAUGAGCAUUUCGUAAUUAAAAUCCCCGACAACAUGCCUCUCGAUGGUGGUGCUCCUCUCCUUUGUGCUGGGAUCACUGUUUAUAGUCCGUUGAAGUACUAUGGGCUUGAUAAGGUCGGGAUGCAUUUAGGGGUGGUUGGGCUUGGAGGGCUUGGGCAUAUGGCUGUAAAGUUUGCUAAGGCCAUGGGCCUCAAAGUGACCGUCAUCAGUACCUCGCCUAAUAAAAAGAAGGAAGCCGUGGACCAUUUGGGAGCAGAUGCAUUCUUGGUUAGCCAUAACACAGAAGAGAUGGAACUUGCGAUGGGUACAAUGGAUGGCAUUAUUGACACGGUCUCAGCUGUGCAUGCUCUUUUACCUUUAAUCGGUCUCUUGAAAACUAAUGGAAAGCUUGUCAUGGUUGGUGCACCAGAGAAGCCACUUGAGCUGCUUGCUUUCCCACUCCUCAUGGGUAGAAAGAUGGUGGGAGGAAGUGGCAUUGGAGGGAUGGAGGAGACGCAAGAGAUGAUUGACUUUGCAGCGAAGCACAAUAUAGUCGCGGAUAUUGAGCUUAUUCCUAUGGAUUAUGUGAACACUGCCAUGGAGCGUCUACUAAAAGCAGACGUUAAGUAUCGAUUUGUCAUUGACAUAGCCAAUUCAUUGAAGCCUUUCUGAUGAUGAUUCCUAUGGAUUACUACUUGGCUGAACGCAAAUGAAGAUUAGAUUUUCAUAUCUUGUUAUCUUGUAUUCAUGUUGUGCAACUAAGAUUGCGCUUCUACUUAGUAUCGCCACAUCAUUCUCCCUUUUGCAAUGACGUUGACUACUUUGUAGAGAUAGCAACCUUGUUCUAGGUUGUUAUCCCCAGAAAGUAUGCAAUCCAUUUAAUCAUAAUAGUAACUUUUAUG